CUCGCAGGGAGGUGUGAGAGUGCGAGUGGCGGUCGCGCAGCGACGGGCAGUAACACUGCUCCCGCUGCGAUUGGCGGAGCCGCCGUCCAGAGUCCGCCCCCCGGCCGAGCCCUGAGACCGGAGCCCGGAGACCAGAGACCAGAGCGCGGAGCCGGGAGCAGCGGAGACCCGGAGCAGCGGAGCAGUGGAGCUUGGAGCCGGGCAGCCGAGACCCGGAGCAGCGGAGCGCGGAGCUUGGAGCCGGGCAGCGGAGCCGGGCAGCGGGGGAGCCGGUGCAUCGGCCGCGGGCAGCCGGCAGGUCAGGAGGUCGUACCCAUUUCUGAGCCUGGGGACCGGCAGCCAGCAGGUCAACGGUGGAGAGAGAGACCGAGGGAGAACGAUACAGGGAGCGGCAGGAGGUGACACACUGGUCCAACGUCCAGAAGCAUAGAGAGGCGGGACCCUUCGGCCCACCAAGUCCGUGCUGCCCUCUCGCUGGUUUGCAAGAGGUGGUGAGAUCAAGAGUGAGAAGAAGAACGUUGCCUCCGCCCAUCCCAAUUGUCCUUCUACAAACCGCAACACCCCCCUCAACCCCUCAACCCCUCCACCCGAAACUCCUACUCAACCUUGUCCUGGUCCCAGGAAUCUCCAGUCUGCCAGAUCAGCUGAAUACAGGCCUGGAUUACCACCAGAACAUCGGGAAGAGGUUUGGAGAUGAUGGUGGAGUUAUCCUGAGAUCCUGAGUUGGGAAGACCCGGAGAGAGGUCGGGCGAGGUUUGGAGGAGCGAGAGGUGGAAGGUGGAAGGUGGUGAUCAGGGAGAGGGGAGAGGGCUCUCCUUGUCUGACAACGGGCUUGGAUGUAAACCACCACCACCAGACCUCCUGAGACCUGCAGCCCCCCCCCCCCCCUCCCCAUUCCCGCUCGGAGCCUCCAACUCGACGCAAGGUUGGGAAAUGCACGCAGAAGCCGAGGGAAGGAUCACCGAUGGGGAACGCCGCUCCGGCCUUGUGACCACCCAGUGGAGGGCUCCCCUCGGGAUGAGAUGAGGCGGAGAGGGGUCGAGGGCGAGGGGCUUUCUCAUCCGGCGAGGCCGAGCUCCUGAGAAGAACUCACCGCUGGACCAGAGGGGGACGGAGACAGAGACAGAGACGCCACGCUCAGCGUGACUACAACUGUGUGUUAUUACAGUGGAGCGCUCUGACUGAAGCACAGGGAUCUGUCACCAUUACUCUCGUAGGAUAGGGUGGGGGGGGGAGAGAGUGGGAGAGAGGGAGUGUGUGUGUGAGAGAGAGAGAGAGAGUGAGAGAGAAAGAGAGAGAGACAGAGACAGAGAGAGAAAGAGACAGAUCGAGUGUGAGAGAGAGGACUGAGAGAGAGAGAAAGAGAAACAGUGGGUGAGAGAGAGGGAGAGAUGGAGUGAGAGAGAGAGUGAGAGAAAGAGAGACAGAAAGAGAGACAGAGAGUGUGAGAGAGAGAGAGAGAGAGAGAGAGAGACCACCACCACCCCUUCUUCCCCUCCUCUCGUCUCCCCACAUCUGUGAAUUCAAGACGUCCCUCACUCCAUCCCUGGACCUUGGUCAGCGGGUCCCGUCCCAUCUUCUCCUUUCUUCCCAACUCAGGAGGUGUUGGAGACCCCGGCCAGCUGGACAGGAGGACUGAUCCGGCGAGAAAGACCCGGCACAGCAAGAUCCCGCAGGUGCUCCCCGAAGAGUUGGAUCACCAACGUUGAGUCUGCUCCUCGUUCUGUCUCCCGAAUUAGCCGUUGGUGGAGAGGAUUCUCAACGCUGCAAGGACAUCACCCCCUCCCCCUCUCCCUUAGCCCUCGAAACAUUGUGAGCUGGGAUUCAAACCCAGACCCCCUCCCACCCUCCCCUCCCCCCAGCCGGACGAUGGGGAGCAGGUGGUGAGCGAGGGGGGGAGGGCGAUGACGGCGGUCUACGCGCUGGGCGCGGCCGUGGUGAGCCAGAGCUACGCGGACUGGGGCCGCAACCCGGGCAGCGAGGACGGUGGAGGAGGAGGAGGGCAGUCGCUGGAGGAGGCGGGGGUGGCAGAGGGUGGGGGGGAGGAGGGGGCCAGGAGGCAGGGGGAGGGGGGAGAGGUGGGAGGGCAGCGGCGGAGGCUGACCCCGCUGGAGAGACUCACCCACCAGCUGUCGCAUGAUGAGCCCACCGUGAGGGAGGUGACGCUGGGCAAGAGGAUCGGCUUCUACCGGCUGAGGGGGCAGAUCGGAGCCGGAAACUUCUCGCAGGUCAAGCUGGCCGUUCACUCGCUGACCAGAGAGAAAGUGGCCAUCAAGAUCCUGGACAAGACCAAGCUUGACCAGAAGACGCAGCGCCUGCUGUCGCGGGAGAUAGCCAGCAUGGAGCGUCUGCACCACCCCAACAUCAUCAGGCUGUACGAGGUGAUCGAGACGCUGUCCCGGCUGCACCUGGUGAUGGAGUAUGCGGGUGGGGGAGAGCUCUUCACCAGGAUCAGUGCCGAGGGCAGGCUGCAGGAGGAUGAGGCCAAGGACAUCUUCGCCCAGAUAGUGUCUGCCGUCAAACACAUGCAUGAGAAGGGCACGGUGCACCGAGACCUGAAGGCGGAGAACAUCUUCAUAGCGCUGGGGGGCCGGGUGAAGGUGGGCGACUUUGGCUUCAGCACGGUGUGCGGCCGCAACCAGACACUGAGCACUUUCUGCGGCUCCCCCCCGUACGCGGCGCCGGAGCUGUUCCGGGACGAGAGCUACGCCGGGGCAGCGGUGGACAUCUGGGCGCUGGGAGUGCUGCUGUAUUUCAUGGUGGCGGGGAGCAUGCCGUUCCGGGCGGACACGGUGGCCAAGCUGAAGCGCAGCAUCCUGGAGGGGGUGUACCCGGAGCCGCCCCACCUGUCGGCACCUUGCGGCCGCCUCAUCCGCUCCCUGCUGCGGGCAGCGGCCAGCGAGCGCUGCAGCCUCCAGCAGCUGGUCCACAGCGAGUGGAUGCGGGGAGCCCACUGCUGCCGCCCCCUCGACCCCUUCCCCCUGGACCCGGGGCACCUGGCCGGGGGCUGCCAGGGGCUGAGGAGGGAGCAGGAGGAGACCAGGGGGGCGCUGACCGGGCUGGGAGUGACCGAGGCACACAUGCUGGAGAGCCUGGGCAAGGGGCCGCGCAGCCCCGUCACCGGCCUCUACCGCAUCGUGUUGCACCGGGCUCAGAGGAGGCAGUGCCCCGACCUGCUCCCUCUCCCCGCCCGACCCUCCCUCCAGCGCCGCGACUCCACCAAGAUCAGGGCCCGGCUCCGAGGGCAGGUCAGCCACACCUCCAAGCUCUGCUCCAUCUUGUAGGCCCUUCGGCCCGACCUGACCAUGCUGGCAAACAUGGCCCAAGCAGACUAGAGUUAUAGAGAGUCAUAUUCCAUGUAAAGAGGCCCUUCGGCCCGACCUGUCCAUGCUGGCCAACAAGGCCCAACCAGACUAGAGUUAUAGAGAGUCAUAGGACAUGGAAACAGGCCCUUCGGCCCAACCUGCCAAUGCCGACCAACCUGCCCCAACCAGAGUUAUGGAGAGUCAUGCACCAUGUAAACAGGCUCUUUGGCCCAGCCUGCCAAUGCCAACCAACAUGCCCCAACUAGACUAGAGUUAUGGAGAGUCGUGCACCAUGUAAACAGGCCCUUUGGCCCAGCCUGCCAAUGCCAACCAACAUGCCCCAACUAGACUAGAGUUAUGGAGAGUCAUGCACCAUGUAAACAGGCCCUUUGGCCCAACUUGCCCAUGCCGUUCAACAUGGCUCAUCUGCAAGGGCGUCAGACACCGUGGAAACAGACCCUUCAGCCCAACAUGGCCCAUCUCCAUACAGUGUGGAAACAGGCCCUUCGGCCCAACUUGCCCAUGCCGACCAACACGUCCCAUCUACACUAGUCCCACUUGUCCAAAUGUUUCGUAAAUGUCUGCCUCCUCCACGUCCUAGUCUGACAGCUUGUUCCAGCUCCACCCUUUGUGUAUAAACGUUGCCCCUCAGGUUGCUAUUAAAUCUUUCACCUAAAACAUGUCCACUGGUUCUCGAUUUUCUUUACACUGAGCGAGCGACUCUGUAUCUACCCGAUAUAGGCCCUUCAGCCCAUCUUGUCCAUGCUGACCAAGUUGGUAUUUUGUGUUAGUCCCAUUUGAUUGCAUUUGGUCCAUAUCCUUCUAAACCGUACCCAAACACAUAUGUGUCUAAAUGUAUUUUAAUUGUAUCUGCUUCUGCAGUCCCUCUGGCAGCUCGUUCCAGAUAUGGACUACCCUCUAAGUGAAAAGAUUGUCCCUGAGCUCCCUCUCAAACUUCUCCCCUCUCACCUUAAGCCUGUGUCCAGUUUUAGAAUUCUCUACCUGGGGAAAAGACUGUGAGCGUUCACUUUGCCCAAGCCCCUCAUGGUCUUGUACACCCGACGAUAGUCCCAGUGUAAAAUCACCUCUGCCAGUGUGAGGAAGGGUCUUGACCGAGAAUGCGAUCUGUCCACCUUCAUCUACAGAUGCUGCCUGACCUGCUGAGUUUGUCCAGCACUGUGUGUUUCAGAUCUGGCCUGUGUUCCAAGUCCAAAUUCAAUUCAACCUUCACAGCAUGGGGUGAGGGUAGAGAGUGUGGCCCUGCUGGAUGGUCCA